GGCGGUGGGAAUAGACGGAUAGCGACACUGGCCGGUGUGAAGGAAGAGGAGGGGAUAACGGCGAGCCUGGACAGACUUCCAGGAGGAGAAGUUUAACUGGGAAUUCAAGAAGCCUUGUGUUGACUUAUCGCGGUUAUAUCGCCAUUCGCGAGGGAAGAGCGACUCCGCGCUGUGUGUUGGGCCUCGGCCUGGGCGCCGAGUUGCUGGCUGAUCCCGGCUCCGAGGCGGCGCGGCCGGCUCCGAGCUGCCCUGAUGUUAGGAACCGCCUGCUCUGGCUCCAACGGCUCUGCUGCGACUCUGCUCUGUCUGGACCCGGGGCUUCUUCGGCUCUCUCGAAGCCGGGACGCGGCCAGAGGACGCCGGUAACUGCUAUUCGGACGUUCGCCUUUGAGAAGGACGGCUUAGCGGGCUUAAAAGCUCACUUAAUUCCGCCAACCUCGCCACAAUGCGCCCAGCCUCGCUGGCGGCGUUAGCCUAGCUUCGCGAGGGAAUGGGUGGACGGACGGUGGCUCUGACGGCCAGCCUCGAACAAGCCUCGAACGAGCUGCUGUUUGAAAUGGAUAAAUGGAUAUGUGACUAACUUAGCUAGGCAGCUGACACUGCUCUGGGACUCCUGCGUGGAUGAAACGACGCCGCGGAGUGUAUAAAAACAGGACUUUUCGCUAGAAGUCUCGUUAGUUGAGGUUAGCUUAGCUAGGUUAGCUGUCUCAGUUAGCCGCGUAUUCUGCUGCAGCUCCUCUCCUCCUCUCCUCUCUCCUGGGUCUGGGUGGCCCUCAGACAGACUGGAGUGCAGUUCCUCGAUGUUGGCUAGCAAGCUGGCAACUAAAUGGUGACCAUCUCUCCAGUGUGGUGCUGAGGUUUGUCCGUUGUAGCCCUAUGCUGUUCGGCUUGAUUCACUGGGAGCGGGCCCACGUUCAUUCCUAUGUGAUGUGCCUGUGAGCAGCGGCUCCUCUCCUCCUCCUCCUUCUCCUCCUCCUUCUCCUCCUCCUCCUCCUGGUGUACUUUACAGACACACUUUCCACGCUACUGGGAGCGGUGUGUCAUGGGCAAUACAGUAUCGUGCUGCGUGUCUCCCAGUGGGAGCCCAAAGCUCCCACGGCAGGCAGAUCGCUUGGAGGACUACCAAAUAAACACUGACCUGAGCGACGACACCGGCCCGUACCUGCAGCACAUCAGUGACCGGGAGCUGCCGGACGAUUUAGCUUUAGAGUCCAACCCUUCAGAUCACGCCCGUGCUAGCACCAUCUUCCUCAGCAAGUCGCAGACAGAUGUACGGGAUAAGAGGAAAAGCAAUCAUAUAAAUCACGUGUCUCCCGGUCCCCUCUCCAAAAAAUACAGUUCUUGCUCGACGAUAUUUAUUGACGACAGUACGGUUAGCCAGCCCAACCUAAAAAGCACAAUCAAAUGUGUUACGCUAGCAAUAUAUUACCACAUUAAGAACAGGGAUUCAGACAGGUCGCUGGACAUCUUCGAUGAGAAGAAGCAUCCGCUGUCGAGGGAACAAGUUCCUGAUGACUACUCGCGCACGGACCCUGAACACAAACUCAUCUACCGAUUCGUCCGGACGCUGUUCAGCGCCGCUCAGCUCACUGCUGAGUGCGCCAUCGUAACUCUGGUGUAUUUGGAGCGGCUGCUGACGUAUGCCGAGCUGGACAUCUGCCCGUGUAACUGGAAGAGGAUCGUGCUGGGAGCCAUCUUGCUGGCCUCGAAAGUGUGGGACGACCAGGCGGUCUGGAACGUGGACUAUUGCCAGAUCCUCAAAGACAUCACUGUGGAGGACAUGAACGAGAUGGAGAGGCACUUCCUGGAGCUGCUGCAGUUCAACAUCAACGUGCCGGCCAGCGUCUACGCCAAGUAUUACUUCGACCUGCGCUCGCUGGCCGACGACAACAACCUCAGCUUCCCUCUGGAGCCUCUGAGCAACGAGCGCGCUCAGAAACUGGAGGCCAUCUCCAGACUGUGUGAAGAUAAGUACAAAGACCUGAGCAGGGCUGCCAUGAGGAGAUCCUUCAGCGCCGACAACCUGGUUGGCAUCCGCAAGUCCAACGCCGUGCUGUCCUAGACCCCUGACCUCCGACCACUGAGUUUGUGAAGCCCCCGUUCCCUCUUCUGGAGCUCAACCCCUCAGAACUACAGUCCCUUCGUGUCCUCCGGUAGAGACUUUUCACCGGUCCUGUCCCCUAUGAGAACUUCAACCCAAACCAAUGCAAAAUGACCCGUCUACAUAGAAACGAAAACUGACUGAAUGGUUUUGUUUUGUUUUUUGUUUUGUUUUCUUUCGUUUUUUGCUUACUAUGUAGGCUACUAGCUGUGAAACUUGUCAGUUUUUAAUUGAAAUCAAUUGCAGAUGGAGUAUUUUAAAUAAACACUAAUCAUGUAAAACGUA